AUGGGGCCGUUUUUUCAAUUCCUCCUUCUUUUUGCCGCGGCUCAUAACGCUUUUGCGAAAUGCAGAUGUACUCCCGAGGAUGAUUGUUGGCCCUCGGCCUCUAGAUGGAAUGCUCUUAACAACACCGUGGCAGGGAGGCUUAUCCAAAAUGAGCCUCUUGCAAAAGCAUGCUACCCUGGUCCAGGCUACAGCGAGUCCAAGUGCCGCAGAAUUGCCGCAAACUGGACAGAUGAGUACUGGAUUGCAGAAUCACCCAUUGGAUACAGUUAUCCCUUGAUUGAUACUUGUCCUCCAAUCAAUGCCUCCAUCCCGGCCUAUCCAUCCUGCGAGCUAGGAAAUUCACCAGUAUAUAGCAUCGAUGCUACACGACGUCAAGAUGUUGCGACGGGGAUUAAAUUCGCGAAGGCGAAUAAUAUUCGACUGGUUAUAAAGAACACUGGACAUGACAUUUCACUGCGAUCUCAAGGAUAUGGCAGUCUUUCGAUCUGGCUGAGAAACUUACGAUCUGGACUGGAAUUCCACAAGGUAUUUUCUCCCUCUAAUGGGUCUUGCGAGACAAAUUGGAAUGGAAGCGCGAUAAGUAUCGGAGGCGGAUAUGUGUGGCAGGAUGUAUAUGACUUUGCAGCAAAAAGAGGUCAUGUUGUUGUUGGUGGCGCUGAUCCUACUGUCGGCUGCAUUGGCGGUUACCUCCAAGGAGGUGGCCAUGGCUCGUUAAGUCACGAAUUUGGACUGGCAACAGACCAGGUUCUGGAGUACCAAGUUGUUCUUGCUUCGGAAAAAAUUGUAACCGCAAAUUCAUGUCAAAACAAUGAUCUAUUUACUGCCCUACGCGGUGGUGGGGGAGGGACCUACGGUGUUGUGGUAUCGGCAACUAUCAAAACCUACCCUACGCGUCCGACCCUCUACAAUAGCCUUACCAUUACUGGACUAAAGAAUGACUCCGGAUCAGUGCUGAAUGCGACCGCGCGCAUGAUCUCAAAAUUCCCCGCUAUCGUCGAAGAAGGUUUCGCUGGAACAUCUCUAAUGGGCAAGGUAGAUGGCGUUUGGGUUUACAACGCUCCUUUCAUUAAGUUUCUUACCGAUGAUUCGCCCGGAGCUAUCGCUCAUGCCAAAAAAGUCAUGAAUCGGGAGAUAAUCAACGAACUCCUUCCUGGAAAUGGUACUAAAUACCAUGUUGACUCCCAAUGGCAAACCUACCGUUCAUGGCACGAAUGGUAUGGGGCGGUGCCUCACACAACACCAGGAGCCAAUCAACCAAUGAUGGCAUCUCGACUCUUCGAAAAGAAGUCUCUGGUGUCAAGGCAAGAGAAUCUCACAGAGCUUGUCCACAUUCUCAGCACUAGUGGUUCCCACCUCACCAGUGGUUCCCGCCUCACAAAUGGAUCCUUUAUGAUUAUGAACAUCGUUUCUGGUGGAAAGGUCCUCGAAAACUCACCACAUACAUCUGUCAAUUCCGCUUGGAGAAAAGCAUAUCUUUUGCUUCAACAGGUUGACUUCUUGGUUGCCAAUGCCGGAUCGGCCGAGAUAAACAAAGCCAAGAAUCAGCUCACAACGACAAAGCUCGCUGCCAUGAAGGAGUUGGCUCCAGGGAUGGGAACCUAUGUCAACGAAGCUGAUUCUUGGGAUCCAGAAUGGAGAAAGGACUGGUUUGGGGAUGAGUAUGAUUGGCUGCUGUCGGUCAAACGCAAAUAUGACCCUGAUGAUGUGUUCUGGUGCUGGCGAUGUGUAGGGAAUGAGGGUUGGGAAGAGGUAACCGGGGGGACGUUGUUUGGGCCAUUAUGCAAAGUCAAGUAA